CGCUGCCAUACAGAUCUUGUUACAGUACUUGUAGACAUUUUGUCGGCUCAGAAAAUUAUGGACGGCAUGAAACUCAGGGAAUGGAACUGCUGAGGUAGUUGAAAAGCCAGAAGACGUCGGCAUCUAAGGCCAAAUCUAUACAUAUAUCCAGAGGAAGGUGACUGAUAAGCUCCCAUCAUGCCUUUGGUGACGCGAAACAUCGAGCCACGGCACCUCUGUCGCCAGUCACUGCCAAAUACAAUCAAGAGUGAACUGGAGUGUGUGACCAACAUCACUCUUGCAAACAUCAUUCGCCAGCUUGGAUCACUUAGUAAGUAUGCAGAGGAUGUGUUCGGCGAACUGUUUAUUCAAGCCAGCUCGUUUGCUGAUCGGGUCAAUACGCUGGGAGAGAGAGUGGACAAGCUGCAGGUCAAAGUCACCCAGCUCGACCCUAAAGAAGAGGAAGUUUCUCUUCAGGCAAUCACCAGCCGCAAAGCCUUCCACUCCAAUUCCAUCAUGGAUCAGCAGCUCUUCAUUAGGUUAUCACUACCACAACCUAUCCAUGAGACCUACCUGACCUGCAACGAGCCGCCCCCCCUCAACAACCUCAGCUGUUACAGGGAUGAUGGUAAGGAGGCUCUGAAGUUCUACACUGAUCCAUCAUAUUUCUUUGACCUUUGGAAAGAGAAAAUGCUUCAAGAUACCAAGGACAUUAUGAAAGAGAAACGAAAGCACAAGAAGAAGAAAGACGACAACCCUAACCGAAGGAACUUUAACCCGCGAAAAAUCAAAACCCGAAAAGAUGAAUGGGAACGCCGGAAAAUGGGGGAGGAGUUCGUUGUCCCCAAACUCGAUGCCAUGGGUAACUCCAUAGAAGGGUUGAACGGCAGUAUUGGCUCUGGUGAUGAUGCUUUUAAUCACUCUGAUGGUUAUUUGGACCAAAGCACAAACUCCUACAGCUAUGAUCCCGGCUCUCCUCUCCCACCUCCGAUGCAGGAGGACUUCCCACCACCACCUCCAGACGCGCCGUAUAACGAAUCUGGUGGUGCGCCUCCAAAGCGUGGCAGUCUUUUAAGUCCCAGUCAUCCUCCUCCAGCUCCACCAACGAUGCCUUCUUCUCCAGGCCGUCCAAAUGUGGCUCCACCUCUGGCGCCGCCACCACCUCCCCCUCCCGGUGGCAUGAUCCCACCUCCACCACCGCUAGGUUUCGAUUCGCCGCCGUCUCCUCCCCCAUUCUCUAGCAAUUCUGCUUCCAUCCCACCUCCACCACCCAUAGAAGUCUCUAUUCCAGCUCCUCCUCCUCCACCCAUUGGGGGUGGACCACCUCCUCCUCCCCCUCCCCCUCCUCCUCCAGGCCCUCCUCCACCCUCCGCUCCUGCUCCUCCUUCUUCAGCAACAGUUCAUGCUCCCGCCGCUCCCAAAGCCCAGCCUCCUGCCCCCGAGGGUGGUGUUCGCAGUGAUCUUCUUUCAGCCAUCCGUCAAGGAUUUAACCUGCGUAAAGUGGAGGAACAGCAAGAGCUGGAGAAGAGAGGUCGCACAGAUAACGAUGUUGCAGCGAUCCUGUCCCGUCGCAUUGCCGUGGAGUGCAGCGACUCCGAGGACGAUUCAUCCGAGUUUGAUGAUGAUGACUGGUCUGACUAAAGCUGUCAUCCUGCUCUUCAUCACCUGUGCUAUGACUUCUCAUAUUACCUGUUUACCUGCAGUGAGGCCAAAAGCAAAUAAGGGGAAGUGGGCCAAAAAGCGUGUGUGUGUGUGUGUGUGUUUGUCAAGAGGGUUGAGUCUAAUCUAAAUGAGAGAGUGAAUUAUUUAGUUGAUAAGCCUUCUCCUAUUUCAGAGCGGCUGUGCCUCUGUAUAAUUUGGCCGAAGGUAAACCGAGUGUGUGUGUAUGUGCUUCUAUAUUUUCUUCUUUAUGCAUCAGUAUCGUUUCUGUUAAAAUCCCACGAUUUAACAUUACUCUGUAUAGACUAAUCAACUAAAGCCUUCCUUACAACUAAGACGAGACACACUUUAUAAUGCAGAUAUUUAAAAAUAAUAAGAUGCGUGUCUAUGGUAUUUCUUGCACCUUGUAGAAUGAAAUAACCUUUUACUCCAUCGCAAACCGAUGUUCAUGACCAAAAGUCGUUGUCUGUUUGUUAAAUGGCACCGGCGGUGUCUGUACGGUUUUACAGCCCUCAGGUCUGACUGAUGUAGUUUUUUUUGUCCGUUCAGCCCAAGUGCCUGCUUCAUAAUGCCUGUUGUUUUAAUGCCAAAGUUUUAGAAAUUAUACAAGAUUUUGAAAUCAAAGAAAAGUGAGUUUUUUUAUUUGAUGUAUGUGGGUAAUAAUUACAAGAAUUUUCUAUCAACAAUUGAAAUAAAAUCUAAAAUAUAA